AUGGCACCCUCGCAGAUAGUUGCACUGCAUAAAGAACUGCAGCUUGCUUUCGGCGCACGACCAUGUAACCUCCAGAAGUGCGGACUGCUGCUCGCGAAGUUGAAGGUUGGUCUCAUUGAGACUGGACUCCUACUGCCACUGGGUGACACUAGCCUGGACAAUCUUGUACUGGCUCGCGAUAUACUCGAAAUUGGCGCAUUUUGGAGUAUACGAUCCAAGGACAUCCCCUCGUUUGACCGCUAUUACUCACAAUUGCAGACCUUCUACAAUGAUUACAGCUCUGUGAUCCCUCCGUCGCCCCGCGAGUACCCAAUUCGUGGUCUAUAUCUCAUCCGUCUACUUACACAAAAUCGCAUUGCCGACUUUCACACGACUCUCGAGUCGCUACCGCUCGCAGCCGAUUCACUCACAGCUAACCCAUACAUUCAACAUCCCGUCAAUCUAGAGCGCUGGCUCAUGGAGGGCAGUUAUAGCAAGGUCUGGAAUGCGAGAGAAGAGGCGCCCGCAGAAGAGUACAAGUUCUUCGUAGAUAGUCUCAUGGGUACUAUCCGGAACGAGAUUGCAAGUUGUGAGGAAGUAGCAUACGAGAGCCUACCUAUCAAGGACGCUGCCACUCUACUGUUUUUCACGAACCAAUCCGACUUGGUGAACUUUGCGCAAGAGCGCAAGUGGCAAGUGAAUCUAUCAGCAGGCACCAUUGCGUUUAGGAAAAAGACAGAAGAGAAGGUUGAGAUCCCCAAACGGAAGCUCAUUUCAUCGAAUUUAGCCAUAGCACGCGAGUUAGAGCAGAUUGUAUAA